UGCUAGAAUUGCAGGCAGAUCUGGCAGAGGAGGAAACACCAGCAUCAGGAUCUGAACUCGGUUCCCACCAUUACUAACUGUAACCUCAGUAAAGCUAGCUACGGUGCGACACUCCGCGAGCAACAUCGACGAUCGGCAUGGCGGCGGUGGUUGGAGAUGAAGAGGCGCGGCCGGCAGUGCCACUGGCAGUGCCGCUGACGGGGAUCGAUCUCAAGGUGCAUCUUGUCGAGAUCGCCGUGAGGCUCAUGAGCGCGCGCGUGGAAGACAUGGGCGCGCGGAUGGGGGCCCGCGUGGACGAGAUGGGCGCGCGGAUGGGUGCACGGGUGGACGAUAUGUGCGCGUGGAUGGGCGCGCGGGUGGACGCGCGGGUGGACGAGGUGGGCGCGUGGAUGGGCGGGCGCGUGGAGGAGCUGAGCGCGCGGCUGAGGGCGCAAGCCGACGCGACGAGCGCGCUGCGACGAGAGAUUCGCGAUUUGAGAAGGGCUGCGACGGGGGGAGAGCAGACGAGGGGAGAUGAAACGAGGGGAGAGGAGAGGAGGGAAGUGCAGACGAUGGGAGAGCAGACGAGGGAAGAUGAAACGAGGGGAGAGCAGACGGGGGAAGAUGAAACGAGGGGAGAGCAGACGGGGGAAGAUGAAACGAGGGGAGAGCAGACGGGGGAAGAGAAGACGGGGGAGGGGGAAGAGAAGACGGGGAACGAAUCAAACGGAACAGAGGGGAUUCACGCAGGCGGAGGUGUGGUAGUAGCGGGGGGCAGUACUAGCUUACUACGGGAGGAGAUGGAAGAGCUUAUAGCGGAGCGGAUGACAGGCUUGAGGGGCGAGGUGCUGUGGCACGUGGGAGCGCUGGCGGCGCAGGUGGAGGAAGCGAGGCGGAGGGACGAGAAGGAGGAGGCGAGCGACGGCAAGGGGAGGAUGGAUGCGCUGCUGAUGGGCGUGCUGGAGAGGCGGGAGCGGGAGAUGGCGGAUGUGCGGGCGCAGGUGGAGGCGGCGAGGCGGGAGGCGAGGGACGAGUGGGUGGACGUGGGGGAGAAGAUAGCGCUGCUGAUGGGCGCCAUCGCGGGGGGGGAGAGGGACAUGGCGGAGGUGAGGGCGCAGGUGGAAGGGGCGAGGCGGGAGGCGAGGGACGAGGUGGCGCGGUUGAGGGGCGCGGUGGAGCGGCAAGCGAGGGAGACGGCGGCGGUGAAAGCGGUGCUGGCGCAGGCGGAAGCGGGAAGGAAUGGAUUGGCGGAACGGCGGGAGCCGCCACUCCACGGCCAGGCGGGACGGCAGCCGUCACCCCAGGGUCUGGCGGGACAGCAGGCGCCUCUCCAGGGCCUGGCAGGCGAACGGGCGCAAGAGAGACGGGUGAAGGUGGAGGAGGGGUGCGAGGAGGACGUGGGGAGGCGGAGUGGGAGGCGCAUCAUGGCGGUCAAGGCAGAGGCGGUGGUGGAGGAGGGAGGGAUGGGAGUGGUGGGAGAAGGGGUGAGGGAAGAGGGGGUGAGGGAAGAGGGGGUGAGGGAAGGGGGGGUGAGGGAAGUGGGAGCGAGGGGAGAGGGGGUGGGGGAAGAGGCAGGGAAUGAAAGGGCGGGUGUAUAUGGGACGGAGGAGGAGGAGGAGGAGGGAGAGGCGGAGUAUGGGGAUCGAAGAAAGCGGCUGAAGCAGGAGGAAGGGAGCGCAAGGGAGAUGCCCUAUGUGGACUGGGAGGGUGCGGAUGUAGUCGAUCAGGUGGCGGGGCGAGGGGAGUGGGAGGAGGAGGGGCAGGAGGGGAGGUAUGGUAUGGGCACAGCAGGGGAUGAGGUUGAGGGGGGGAGAGGCGGGGUGGCGGGUGCAGCAGGGGGUGAGGUGCAGAGGGAGAGACACGGUGUGGGCGCACAGCAGGGGGUGCAGCUGAGGUGGGUGGAGUGACGGAGGCGAUGGAUGAGAUGCGGGCGAGGGUGGGGGUGCUGGAGAGGAGCGAAGAAGGGGUGAAGAUCAGGGAGUCGCUGAUUGAGAUGAAGGUCGGCAGCAGUGCCUCACAAGGUCGGCAUGGAGCAUAGCGGCAUCUCCCUUAACCAAGGGUGUAACAGCAUGUACAGUAAUUUCUAGGAAAAAACCAUGGUUAUGAUACGGUUUCAGUAGGAAUUGUGAAACUAGUGAGCAGGGCUGACGUUUCAAAAAAAGGCACUCUGAGCCAACCCCCCCCAAAAAAAAAAUAGUCUGAAGGGCCUUCAGCCGAAAUUUUUGUAGUCUGAAAUGUCAGGGUCCAG